AUGGCAAUUGAUAAAUGUGCCGAGGAAGGUCUGCCACCAAUACGGGGCGUUAUUCACGCGGCUUUUGUCCUUCGAGAUGCCCUUGUGGAGAAAAUGACCCUUGAGGACUGGAAGUCCACCAUUGAAAGCAAGGUCGCCGGUACCUGGAAUCUCCAGAACCAGUUCAAUUUGCAGGGCGACCUCGAUUUCUUCGUCCUCUUUUCCUCAAUCAACGGGGUGCUUGGAUACGCCAGUCAGGCAGCAUAUUCCGCCGCAGGCGCGUACGAAGACGCUCUCUGUCACUGGCGUGUCAACCACUGCAACCUGCCCGCUGUCUCCAUCGACUUGUCUGUCGUUAAUGCAGUUGGCUACGUCGCCGAAGCAGGAGCAUCCGAGUCCCUUCGCCGUUCACUCCUAAAAGCCGGCCGCAGAGCCAUCGAGGAAGACGACGUCCUAACCGCACUCGAGUCCGCGAUUCUAUCCCCAUUUGACCCACAAUUCAUCGUCGGGGGAAUCAAUACCGGCCCGGGCGAGCACUGGAAUAUCGACGGUGAUCUCGGGCGGGACAUGCGCCUCCUCCCAGUAAAAUACCGACCUCCUGUCACGGGAUCAGAUCAAGACCAAGACGAAGGAUCCGGCGAGUCUCUGUACUCUCUCUUUCACCUACACUCUGCCCACCGCCGCAGGCCUACCGAUCUGGGGAAUCAUUAUCGUCUGGAAAAGUAUCCCUUCGCAGCCAGCACAGCUGGCCAAAAGAUGGAAGGCCCCUACAGACCGCAUCCCCUGAAACGGACAUUCGAUGCGAAGUCCCCCAUUCCAGAUCUCAACCAACAAGAGGAUACCGCUCUUGGUGUAGAGGUAUCGGUUGAAGCCGCAAUACCAAGGAAAUCAUUCAAGGCUUUGCGUUUCCGCAUGUUUUUCAUAUUACGAUGGUAA